CCGGACUAGUAUUUAGAAACCGACCCGGAACACGCCCUGAGAGAGAUAGGGAAGCUGAAGGUUGGCUCAUGACCUAGGAAUGAGGGAGCAGAAGCAGUCGGCCGCGCGGGGCAGAACCUGCAUCGUGCCUCCUCAGUCAUGAGCUAUCUGGUGCCACGGAUGUCGAACCAGAGAAGUGGGUGAGUCCUGGAGCUGUGACCUACACAGAGCUGCCCUGCCCCAUCCCUGGUAGUCACAACCAUGGCCUGGCUGGUGAUGCUGGGCACACUCCUGUGCAUUUCGCGGGUUGGAUUAGGCAGCCGGGACUUGGAAGGCUUUCCACCCCUUGCUUCCCACGGCUGCCCCUACAAAUGCGUCUGCGCCGCCGAUCUGGUGAGCUGCGCAGGUCUUGGGUUGCAGGACGUGCCGGCCGUGUUACCUGCCGCUGCUGCAGACCUCGACCUGAGCCACAACGCACUCCAGCGCCUGCGCCCCGGCUGGCUGACGCCCCUCUCCCGACUGCGCGACCUACGCCUAGGCCACAACGGGCUCGAUGUACUAGGUCGCGGUGUCUUCACCAAUGCCAGCGGCCUGAGGCUGCUCGAUCUAUCAUCUAAUGCCUUGCGGGCGCUCGGCCGCCACGACCUCGACGGGCUGGGGGCGCUGGAGAGUCUGUUUCUGUUCAAUAACCACCUGGCGCACUUGGAUGAACAUGCCUUCCACGGCCUGAGCGCGCUCAGCCAUCUCUACCUGGGUUGCAACAAACUCGCGUCCUUCUCUUUCGACCACCUGUACGGUCUGGGUGGGACCCACCUGCGUACUCUGGAUCUCUCCUCCAACCGGCUAGGACACAUCUCUGUACCCCAGCUGGCUGCACUGCCAGCCUUCCUCAAGAACGGCCUCUACUUACACAACAAUCCGCUACCCUGUAACUGCCACCUUUACCACCUUCUGCAGCGCUGGCACCAGCGGGGCCUAAGCGCUGUGCGUGACUUCGCCCAUGAGUACAUGUGCCUGGCCUUCAAAGUACCCACGUCCCGCGUGCGCUUCUUCGAGCACAGCCGAGUCUUUGAGAACUGCACUGCUGCCCCAGCUUUUGGCCUAGAGUUGCCAGAAGAGCAGCUGCAUGCGCAGGUGGGUCGGUCCCUGAGGCUAUACUGCAACACCAGCGCCCCAGCCCUGCGCAUCGCCUGGGUUUCGCCACAGCAUGAGCUGCUCGUGGCGCCAGGAUCCCGCGACGGUAGCAUCACAGUGCUGGCAGACGGCAGCUUGGCCAUAGGAAAUGUGCAGCAGCGGCAUGCGGGCGUCUUCGUGUGCCUGGCCACCGGGCCCCACCUGCACCACAACCAGAUGCACGAGUACAACGUGAGCGUGCAUUUCUCUCGCCCAGAGCCAGAAGCCUUCAAUACGGCCUUCACCACACUUCUGGGCUGCGUUGUGGGCCUUGUGCUUGUGCUGCUCUACCUGUUUGCGCCACCAUGUCGCAGCUGCUGCCGCUGCUGCCACGGUACCUGUGGCUGCUGCCGUCGCUGGCCCCGAACACCAAGCCCACUCCAGGAGCUGAGUGCACAGUCCUCGGUGCUCAGUGCCACACCGUCAGACGCGCCCAGCCGCAAGGCCAGUGUCCACAAGCAUGUGGUCUUUCUGGAGCCAGGCAGGAGGGGCCUCAAUGGCCGCGUGCAGCUGGCGGUAGCUGAAGACUUUGAUCUCUGCAACCCCGUGGGCCUGCCCCUCAAGGCUGGCUCUGAAUCUGCUAGCUCCAUAGGCUCAGACGGUCUCAUGAUGACCUAGGCUAACUAGGACCCCCACUCAGGUCCCCACCCUCCUGGCUGCUUGCCUUGGUCCCUGCUACAGCCCAGAGAACUACCAGAUGCUGGAGAGAAGCACUGUGCCUGGUCCCCCAGACUCCUGUGUGGGCCUUACUUGAACCACAAUGGCCCUACUUACUCACUGGUGGGACAUCUAGGGUCUCCAAUUUGCCUCCUGCUCUGCCCUGGCAAAGGCCCCAAACCCUUGUAGGGCCUGCUAGUAGUGCUGGCUUUCCCUGGGACUACCCAGGGCCCAAAUGCCCAGUGAGGGUUGGGGACUGAGGCAGCUGUCCUAUACAACUCAAGGAGUGGUACAGAAGAGUUGAAGUGUAAGCCCUUUCUAAGGUACUGAGGAAGGAGUGGGUUCUCAGGGGUAAAGGAGGAGAGCUCUGUAGGAAGAUCUAGCCCCUAAGCCCAGGACAGGAGGAGGAAACAUGCCUGCCCUCUGGUGAAAUAGGUCCUUCCCAUUCACCAUCCGAUCUACUGAAAACUUCACAACUUCAUGCAGAGUCUGGAAGGCAGGCAUUAGGCAGUCCCUCCUUGAGAGACUCCUGGGGGUCUGGCCUGAGCUCCAGCCAGAGUGGUCCUGCACUCACUGGCCAGCAGUCACUCUGAAGGCAGAGCCCAUUGCAUAGGCUUAUAAAACAGCUGUGAAGAGCACUGUACCCUGCGCCUGCCCCCAAGUCCUCCCAUUCUCACCCCUUGUUUAUAAGCAGUAAAAAGCCUAGUGAACAUGGCCAGCUAGGAAGGCUGAGCUGGAACUAGAUGUCCCUUGAGGGCAGGAAUCUCUUAAAGGUUGGCACGGGUUUCAGCUUAAUGGCUAAGGCAGUGCCCUAGCUUUAUGUGCAUCUUGCCACUCCCAACGUAGGGAGGCAGGGAGGAGAGGACUGGGAACCCUUCGUGGUGGGGGAGUAAGCUUGUGGUCCAAGGUGUGUCCUGGCCUCAGCUGUUGAGAAUUUCUUAAUAAAGGCAGUACAUGCUCAUUGCUGGAGCCUUUGCAGACAGA